AUGAGUGACGAGGUUUUGAUCAACUUGGACAAAAUUCUGGUCAAGCUUGCUUCCGAGAUAGAAAAAACUCGCAGUGCUAAGGAACAUGUGGAUCAUCAGAUAAAUUUGUACACUGCAAAAAUCACAGAAAAAAAGAAUCAGAUUGCUUGGUUGGAGGAAAAUAUAAAAAAAGGCAAUGAGGAACUUGCUGAUUUGCAAAAGCAGAAUGAGAGCAGCAAGAAGAGCUGCGAUGUCUGGAAGCCCACCUAUGCAAUUCUUAAAAAGCAUGGAGAAUGUCUGAAAAAUGAAAUUAAAGCUUUAGAGGAAGCUACAGAAAAUGAGAGGAAAAUGUAUGAGGAGUCCAUAGCCCUGUGUAGAAAGACUUUGGAGGAACAGCGCAAAAAAUAUACAGAAACUCCUCUUGCCCAGAAGUAUUACAAAAAAAAGCAAGAAGUUGAGGAAAUCCAAAAGAGAGUUUUGAAACGCCUCGAAAAAUACAAAUGGAAAGAAGAUGCUUGCUUGGAUAUUCUGGAUGCUGCUCCUUUUACAUCCGUAAAUGCUUGGGUUGUACACAUUGCCUCCAUGAGGAAAAAAACACAGGAAACCUUGCAGCUUGCUGAGGCUGCUGCGCAGGAAACCGCCAAACUGGAAAAAGAAGCAGAAGAAUUGCAAAUGAAAAUUGACUACAUAAAAAAGAACUUCAAAGAGACUAAAGAAGAUCAAAAUAAUCCCAAAAAUAUUGAAGGAAAAAAUCAGAAAAUGCUUGAGAAACCAGAAGAGUUUAAAGAAAGGGUGUUUGAAGAGCGUGAACACCCACCUUUGCCAAAGAAGAAACAUCAGCUGUAUAAAACAUUGCAUAUCCCAUGUAUUCCUUGGAAAUCUGUCCAGUCUGUACAGAGUUUUAGAUUCUCAAAGCAACGAACAGAAACAGGGAGAGAAGAAAAAGAGAAACCAGUGGAACCUUCAGUGGCCACCAGCAGUUCCUCCAGCCUUGCAGAAAAUCUAUCACAGAUGGUUAUUGAUACUGCAGGGACUAAUAACCCACAAAUUGCCCAAGUUCCAUCAAUAGUAAGCAUGCAAAACCAAGUGAAAUUCAGACUGUCAGAUCUUCCAAAGCAGUUGACUUCCAAUCAACAGUUUGAGAGUGAAAAUGCAGUAAUGGCACUCUCAGAGAGCAGUAGCUGGAGGAGACAAACACAGCACUCUCAGGGAACAAUGGGCAGGUUUGAAGAACACCAAACCACAAGCGGCAGCCUGAGUAAUGCUUUGACAACGGCAAGUGGCAGAAUAAGAGCAAGCCAAGAGGCCAAACAUGUUGCUGAAGAAGCGGAUGAGCGCAUGGACUGUUUGUAUGUACCUCAAGAUGUGCACACAGGUUUUAAGCCAAAUGAAGAUAAUCCUGAUAUAGCAGAAGAAAGGGCAGAACCUUUCUUAAGAGCACCUAAAACACCUGACUUAAAGGGGAAAGCCUCACACUUCUCAAGAACACCUCCAUUUGACUCCAUUCAGAAUUUAGGUUGUGAAGAGGGAACAUCAAAAUCUCCUGCUUUCUUUUCUCUCAUGAACUUCUCCCAGAAGUCACCUGGCUUUAAUUUAUUUGAUUCUUCUCUGUUUGGAGCACAAAAUUCAUCUGAUGAGACAGACGAAAAUUAUUCUGUGGGAAACCUGAACUCUCUGUCCCUACACAAAGAUAUUGGAAGCCUCUUUGGGAAACCAGAAAAUGAAGAUGCAUUUGCCUUUCCCUUCCCCUCGGAAUCAACUUCUCAUGCAUUUGGAGAUGGAAAAGAUGACGUUAGUUUUUCAUUUGCAUUUGGACAGGAUCAGAGAUCAUCACAGUCUCCUUCUAUGGAAGGUUUUCAUUCUUCCAUACAAAAUACAAAGCCAUUUACACUCUUUUGA